UAACACUUAAUUGUCAGUUGAAUUUCGAAUUGAGAGCGAAUUAUAGCUACGUACUAUAGAUUGCAAACAAGAUUCAAUUGGCAGCAAAGUCAACAAACCGAAUACGAAAUAGAUUUAAAAGAAUAAAUAUAAAGGAAGCGAAAAACGAUUCAUUCGCCGCAGCGCUGCAGCUGUUUUCUGUGUGGCCUGUCAUAAUUAACCAGCAAACCAAACAUUCAGGCAGCCAGCUAAUCAAAGCUUCUUCUGAGUAAUCGUGUAACAACGGAAAACCUCAAAAAUUGUGAAUAAAGAGAGAGAAAAAUUGUGUUUUUACUUGUCACCGCACAAUCUCAACACUAAUCAGAACCACAACGUUUUCACACUGAAAUCACACAAAGCGAAUAAGUGCCGAAUUAGUUAGUGUGUGUUUGUGCGAGGUGUUGCAAAAAGACAGUCAAUUUUAGUUAAGCAAUACCAUUAAAAAUUAUAAUCUGUGUAAGAAGUCGAGUGAGGUGUUUACGUGUAUGCGUGUAUGUGCAUUAACCCUAUAUCUGACUUGAACUACUUUGUAUAGAGUUGAAAACAACACGAGAACCUACGCUAACACCCACAAUGGAAUACAUUUCAGUUGGCGACAGUGUCAAAAUUAAACGUACAGAUGGCCGUGUACAUGCGGCAGUCGUUUCAAAAAUUAAUGAAUCCGGCAAAUCGAUCACGGUCGAAUGGUAUGAAAGGGGAGAAACGAAAGGUAAAGAAGUCGAAUUGGAAGCCAUUCUAGCUUUAAAUCCCGAUAUAUUGGCCCAGCAUGAACAAGAUGUUGUGCAUGCAGCGCCCGAACUGAAAAAACAGGCAACCGCACCCCUCAAUUUAUCACGUAAUGCCACACAGGUAGCUGUUGGACAUCGCACAAAUCGCGCUAGUAUUAACACUGCAAGCUUAUUGUCAUCUGCGGUGGCCGAACAAAUGGAAAUGCCACCGCCAUCUCAGCAACCCAGCACAGGUAUCAUGCGUUCGCGUACAACUAACAACGCUACACGUUUAACAUCGGGUACAGCUAGCGGCGGAGGUGGUGGUGGAGGUGGCGGUAACACCACCAGCAUUGGCAACAGUUCCGUUAGCGGUGGCGGUGGCGGAGGCGGUGGGGGUGGUGGUGGUGGUGGUGGUGGUGGUGGCGGUGGCGGUUCAUUGAAUACCGGCAAUCCAGUUUCUCGUCGUUCCUAUGUCGUCAAAGAGGUUGAACGUCUGAAGGAAAAUCGCGAGAAACGCCGCGCCCGGCAGGCGGAAAUCAAGGAGGAGAAAAACGCUUUAAUGAAUCAAGAUCCAGGUAAUCCCCAUUGGGAAACGGCACAAAUGAUACGUGAAUACCAAAGUACCCUCGAAUUUAAUCCACUUACUGACGGUCAACCGAUUGAAGACCAUCAGAUAACAGUUUGUGUGCGCAAACGGCCACUAUCGCGCAAGGAAGUCAAUCGUAAAGAGAUCGAUGUAAUUUCAGUGCCCCGUAAAGAUACAUUGAUUGUUCACGAACCUCGAAAUAAAGUGGACUUGACGAAAUUUCUAGAAAAUCAUAAAUUCCGUUUCGAUUAUGCAUUCGAUGAUCGUUGCGAUAAUGCCGUGGUCUACAAAUAUACUGCUAAACCGUUGGUUCAAACUAUAUUUGAGGGUGGCAUGGCUACAUGCUUUGCAUACGGUCAAACUGGUUCUGGUAAAACGCACACUAUGGGCGGCGAGUUCAAUGGCAAAGUGCAAGAUUGUAAAAAUGGCAUUUAUGCCAUGGCCGCAAAGGAUGUUUUCAGUUACUUGCAUAAUUCACGUUAUCGCAACUUGAAUUUGGUGGUAUCGGCAAGUUUCUUUGAGAUUUAUAGUGGCAAGGUAUUCGAUUUACUUUCCGAUAAGCAAAAAUUACGCGUAUUGGAAGAUGGAAAACAGCAGAUACAGGUAGUAGGUCUUACCGAGAAGGUAGUCGACAGUGUUGAUGAAGUCUUAAAACUAAUACAACACGGCAACACUGCUCGCACCUCCGGACAGACCUCAGCCAAUUCGAAUUCGUCACGUUCCCAUGCAGUAUUCCAGAUUGUUUUACGUCCUCCAGGCUCGGCGAAAGUUCAUGGCAAAUUCUCUUUCAUCGAUCUGGCAGGCAAUGAACGUGGAGCUGACACAUCCUCUGCCAAUCGUCAAACACGUAUGGAGGGCGCUGAAAUAAAUAAAUCUUUAUUGGCUCUAAAAGAGUGUAUAAGAGCUUUGGGCAAACAGUCGGCCCACUUGCCAUUCCGUGUAUCUAAAUUAACUCAAGUAUUACGUGAUUCUUUUAUUGGAGAUAAGAGCAAAACCUGCAUGAUUGCCAUGAUUUCGCCUGGCCUAAGUUCGUGUGAACACACUCUGAAUACAUUGCGGUAUGCCGAUCGGGUCAAGGAGCUAGUGGUCAAGGACACACCAGAUGUACUGUUACGUGACGAAGGUGCCGACCAUAUUAUUUAUGAAGAAGAUGAAGAAACCAAUAUUGUACAGAACGUUUCACAACGACCUUUGGCUAAUAAACAUACUAAUCAUAAUAACAAUAAUAAUAAUAAUAAGAAUAACGGUCAAAUAUCUGGGAACGAUUUGGCGUUGUUGCGCUCAUUAAGUGAACAUGAUAUGUCCGACGAGUUGUUGGUACAACAUGCUGCCAUCUCAGAUUUACAGCAAACUGAAGAGAUGGUAGUGGAUCAACAUCGAGCAAUUAAUGAUUUCCUAUCUCAUUUCUUGCCCGAAUCAUUGCGUCUUUAUAAUCUCACUAAUUAUGUAGACUAUGAUCAGGAUGCUUAUUGUAAAGAAGGCGAAGAAUUUUUUACGCAAUUGGCUGAUAUGGCAACUAGUUGUCGGGAUAUGAUGGCUGAUUUUCGUGCUAAAUUAGCCAAAGAAGAGUUGUUAUCGUGCACAGUAAAACCUGCAGGCAAACGUUAAAGAAACUAACAAAUAAUCCUGUUGUUUAAAAGCAGAGCAAAACGAAUACACACAAAAUACUCCUUUUUUUCUUUAUAUGCUAAAUACAAAAACAACAUAAAAAUACUGAACAACAAUACACCUAUUUAAAAAA